CUGCCAAGCGUCCUUCCUCAGCCUCGUCCCUGAGUGGGAUUGUGGGUAGGAUGAUGUCAUCUGGUGAACGAGGAGCGUCAUCGUCUUCCUGCACUUCGGUCAACACAGUCUGCUCAGAAGGCGAGCGUCCAGCCUCCUUCUCCCUGUCCUCCUCCACCUCCUCCGUCUCUCUGCAGGACGCCUCACACUCCUCUUCCUCCUCCUCUUCAUCACUCCCAUAUGGCACCGUGCCGGCCUAUACCAUCUCUCCAUCAUCCUCAACGGCCUCUACUCCAAAGAGGAACAGCUCGGACAUCAGCCUGGACCUUACCCCCAUAGCCACCAUGCAUGGAGGGGCUACCAAGGYGACAGGUACAACCCAUGCCCACAAAGGACACACAGCCAAUCAGGUGUCAGCAGCAGUAGAGGCCACGCCCAGGCAGCUUUCCCGUCUGCAGAGGGUGAUACUGGAGAUCGUGGAGACGGAGCAGACCUACGUCAGAGACCUGAGGAGUAUUGUGGAGGAUUACCUGGGUUGCAUCAUCGAUUGUGGAGUUCUGCCUCUGAAACCGGAUCAGGUCAGCACUUUGUUCUGCAACAUUGAAGACAUCUACGAGUUUAACAGUGACCUCCUGGAGGAUUUGGAGCGAAGUCCUGAUGCUGCGUCCAUCGCAGAGUGUUUUGUGGAGAGGAGUGAAGCCUUCGACAUCUACACGCUGUACUGCAUGAACUACCCAAACUCAGUGGCGGUGCUGAGGGACUGCAUGAAAAACCAGAGUCUGGUUUGUUUCUUCCAAGAGCGACAGACGAGUCUGCAUCACUCCUUACCCCUGGAGACGUACCUGCUGAAACCUGUGCAGAGGAUCCUCAAAUACCACCUGCUGCUACAGGAACUUUCCAAGCACUUAGAGAAGAGUGAGCCUGGCUAUGAAGUGGUGGAGGACGCCAUCAUCACCAUGACAGCAGUAGCUUGGUACAUCAAUGACAUGAAGAGGAAACAGGAGCACGCUGUGAGGCUGCAGGAGAUUGAGUCCCUGCUGAUGAACUGGAGUGGACCAAACCUGAGUGGGUUUGGAGAGCUGGUUCUGGAGGGUUCCUUUAAGGUUCACAGAGUGAAGAAGGACAGAGCGUUCUUCCUGUUUGAUAAGAUGCUGCUGAUCACCAAGAAGAGACUGCAACACUUUGUCUACAGCACCCAUAUAUUUUGCUGUAACCUGCAGCUGGUGGAGAACCUGAAGGAUCCGCUGUGCUUCAGAGUGUCAGAUCAGACGAUUCCCAAGCAGCAGCAGCACGUUGUCCAGGCCAAGAACCAGGAGGAGAAGAGGCUGUGGGUCCAUUACCUGAAGAGACUCAUCAUGGAGAACCACCCAGCUUCACUCCCACAGAAGGCGAGACAAGUCCUGGGAGAUACCUUCAGUCAGACACCUGAGUUUGAGCAUGACUACCUGACAAAGUCGUGUGCUUCACCGCGAUUGGACGACGUUCACGGUUACCACCGAGGCAGACGUCAGUCAGGUCAGGAACCUUCAGAGUUGCUGCUUUACACACCUGAGAAGUCCAGAAAAAGUCUGCCAGUGCUGCUGGAGGGGAACCUUCCAUACCGACGGUCCAGGAGACAGUCAGCUCCUGCUAAAGACAUACAGGCAGCAUUUCAUCCCCAUGGAGGAAGAGCGACAAGAGGAACUAACCCCCCUCAGUGCUCCUCCCACUUUAUCCAUCACAGAGGAGAUUCUAGAGUUUAUCAACCAGAACAGAACCAAAGAAGAAUUCAACACGGAGGAGACCCAGGAUUCUCUCAGUGAGACAAAGUCUAUGUCAAACAGGACCACCUUCACCAGUCCAWUGACCCCCAUCUCCAGUCCAGAACAAAGACUGCCUCCCCAACAUGAGCAGGGAGGAGCAGAAAUGGAGAACAACAGCAUCCAAAACCAGAUCAACCAAAGAGAGACGGCUACAAAUGAAGUCCAAGAAAUUACAGAUGCAACAGGUCCAUUAGAACAGACAAACAAGGAAGAGGCUGAAAAAGAGGAAGCUCAGGGAAAAAGUGUCCUUAAUCCAUUUUCAUCUUCAAAUCUUCAUCCCUCAUUGUCAACAGAAGAAAGGACAGAGAUCAGCAGAGACCCAACAAAAGACACUGAGUCCAAACAUCAAUAUCAUCACCUCAUCCAGAGAUGUCAUCCACCAAGGGCAUCUCACCUCACCAAGAGAGACAAGAAGAUCAUCGAAAAGAUCCGGAGCUACUAUGAGGCUGCUGCAGAGGCCGAGGAAGAGGAGCGAGAGGAGGAAGAAGAGCUGAGAGAUGAAGUACCAUCAAGAAGAAGAAACAGUUUCUCACAAAUUCCCACUGGCCUGGUAAAACAGUCAGUAUCACGCUUCAGUAUGGGUGGACACCAUGAGGAGCCAGUGAGCAUGUAUUUCAAACAUGACUGUGAAGAACCAGAGCUGGAGACUGAGUCCAGUUCUUCUACUGGUCCCACUUACAUUUCAGUAAAAUCAAACUGUGAUGAAGAGGUAGAUCAARCAAUUCCCGUUUUUAAUUCUGAGCCAGAGGAGCCAGUAGUCUGUGAUGGGAUUCAAAACCAGGAGUCUCCAACCCAAGCAAGUCUGAAUCCAGAAUCAAGUCCAAACAGACUUACUGAAGAGGAGCCGGAGAUCCAGGACAAAACUGAGGACAUCUGUGAAAAAUCUUUGGAGGAAAGAGUGAUGGAAACGGAGUGGGAGAACGUUGUGGUUAGUAAACCCAAAAUAGCAAAUUUACUGGAAAAAGAAGCUUCAACACUUUCUGAAGAUCCUAAACCCACAGAAGAAGGAACGACCAGUGCUGUGUAUCAACCUGUUAGCAAUGGGCAUGCCCUCAAACAAGCAGAACCUCUUACGAGCUGUACAGAAUCUUCUGCACAUCUUACACAAGAACAAAAAACCCAAAUUAGCAAAGCCCAGUCUACUUGGUCUAAAAACCUAACCAGAGACCAGGUAGGGACUAAGGAGAACCUGAAGGGUUUCACCAGUCAGAUAAAAGUGGGUCGAUGGUCCCGCCACUCCAGGAUUGUGACUGCUAAUCGAGCAUUGUUUGAAGGAAUGGCCUCAGAUGUCACUGGUAUUGGGUUAUUUGAGUCGAACCCAGUGGUGGACCCUGUCCUGAUGGAAAACUCAGAGCGUAUUCUAAGCAAGGUCCAAACAAUGGCCCAGAUGUACAGUGCCAAAGCCAGCACCAUGAAUGUGUUGCUACAUGAGAAACAGGCCAGCACUGUGUGGACUCAGUCAUGGACAUCUGCAAGACUGACUGGACGUUCUACUUGGAACCAAGACAGAAGUUCUACACAGCAUCACAUAGAAACAGAUCAAGAAGAAACCAAACCUGGUCCAGAUACCAAAGCUGAGAGCCUAGCCAGCAAGCAGACCAGGCAGCAGUCAGUCAAGGCUGGUGGUCAGAACCAGAUCCAAACCAUGAGCCAUGAGUGCCAAAAGUUUCAGGAGGAGAUGAUGAUAAAGAAGGCAGAAAACCAGACUAAUGAGCUACACGAGAACAUGGUGUUGCCUAGAGAAUCUCAGCUGUUUGCUCACGUGACCCCACCCUCUCUGCAAACAAAUGGGUUCAUGCUCUCCAGACCGAGGGACUUCAUCUCUGCCUUGACCAAAGCGUCUCCAGCCGUACUAGGAGAACCUCCAUCCUCCAGGAGUGAAGUCCAACUUGAAACACCGUCUACUUCUCCAGAUUCAAAUGAUCAGCUCAGAACGCAGAUGCAGGGUCAGGGUUCCAGAAACCACCCCUCGGCAUCUGCUUUGGCACCUUGGACUAAAAGCAUUCACUCUAAAAGUUCAGAGUUCAAAGAAUCUUCUGCAGCAAGAGGAGAAGUUCUUCAUAUUUUUUCAGCCUCUGAAGUGGAACAGCAAAAAGUCAGGUUGGAGGAAGAUAAAGGAUAUUGUGUUUACUCUGUUAGAGAAGACUCAACAUCUGGAAGCACUGUCAUCCAGCCAGUUUACUCCGUUAGAGAAGACUCAACAUCUGGAAGCACUGCCAUCCAGCCAGUUAACUCCGUUAGAGAAGACUCAACAUCUGGAAGCACUGCCAUCCAGCCAGUUAACUCCGUUAGAGAAGACUCAACAUCUGGAAGCACUGUCUUCCAGCCAGUUAACUCCGUUAGAGAAGAUUCAACAUCUGGAAGCACUGCCAUCCAGCCAGUUAACUCCGUUAGAGAAGACUCAACAUCUGGAAGCACUGUCAUCCAGUCAGUUAACUCCGUUAGAGAAGAUUCAACAUCUGGAAGCACUGCCAUCCAGCCAGUUUACUCCGUUAGAGAAGACUCAACAUCUGGAAGCACUGCCAUCCAGCCAGUUUACUCCGUUAGAGAAGACUCAACAUCUGGAAGCACUGUCAUCCAGCCAGUUUACUCCGUUAGAGAAAACUCAACAUCUGGACACACAAUCCCCCAGCCAGUUUACUCCGUUAGAGAAGACUCAACAUCUGGAAGCACUGUCAUCCAGCCAGUUAACUCCUUUAGAGAAGACUCAACAUCUGGAAGUGCUGUCGUCCACCCAGUUUACUCCAUUAGAGAAGACUCAACAUCUGGAAGCACUGUCAUCCAGCCAGUUAACUCCUUUAGAGAAGACUCAACAUCUGGAAGUGCUGUCGUCCACCCAGUUUACUCCUUUAGAGAAGACUCAACAUCUGGUCACACAGUCAUCCACACAGUUUACUCCGUUAGAGAAGACUCAACAUCUGGAAACACCAUCCCCCAGCCAGUUGACACUGUUAGAGAAGACUCAACAUCUGGAAACACCAUCCCCCAGCCAACUGACACCGUUAGAGAAGACUCAAUAAGUGGAAAUAUUGUACCAGCUCCCUCAGAGGGGUCUUUCAGCCCAUCAAAAUGCAGAGUUUCCAAAGAUGAAGCUCAAGAUGAAGAUUUUGAACAAGGUGUAGUCCCUCUACUGAAAAAAACAGAUGAACUUGUGUUAGAGCAGACCAGCUCUGGACUCGAUAAUAUGAAGGAAACCUUGAUCAGAGACGAGAAUCUGUAUGCUGGAUCUGGAUCUUCACCUUGGACAAAGGAGGCUCCAGAAGACCUUCUGUUAUGUCAAGCCCCAUCGGAGUCCAGCAUCUCAGAGAGGUCUCACCCAGAACUGAGCAGAGAGCCCACCGCACAGGAAACACUGACAGAGGAAGAGUCCACAAUGCUCGGGGCCACGGGGGAGCCAGAGAGACACCAGUCUUUAAAUGAGAACCAGGAAGAGUUUCCCAUUCCACGUUACACCAUGACCUCAGACCUCUCUGAGGACCUUCUGGAUCAUAAAGUAAUAUACAAAGUAUCAUGCCAUCCAUGGUCAUCAGGCCAGAUUUCAGAAUCCAUGGAGCCCUGGUCUCCAUCAUCUACAGACUGUUUCCCAAUGUCCAGCUGCCACAGAACAGUUCUUCCACCUGCUCAGAGCAAACAGGCUUCAUCUGUGUCCUGGAACAUCAGCAGAUCUUCUGACUGUUACAGCAGGGAGCCAGAUGUGCCGGUGUCAGGAUCCUCCACCAGUACCCCUGUCCCCGUAGGCCUUAGGCCUCUUACAUCUCCCCCCACCUCCURUGUCCAAUCAUCUCCCUGCUCAUCACCGUUCAGGAUCAUCCCGUCGUCCUCUCCCACCCCUGUAACUCCAGCAGACCCCUUGAAUCCGACUCUCACAUCUCUGUCCUGUUUAUCCCCACCUCCCUCCCGUCUUUCAUCUGAAAAGUCUUCAUCUUUGAGGACAGGCCCCUCUUCCUCGGACCUUUUUUCACCGUGUUCAUCUUCCAAUACUUCUUCUGCAUUUAGCAGAUCUUUAGCUGCUUCCUGCAUCAGUCAGUCCAUCAGUCAGUGUAUUGCUAAAAGCAACUCUGCAUGGCAACAAGCCCCACCCACAAAGACAGUCAAUCAAAGUCCCUCUUCCACUCCUCACCUGCGACGGUACUCUCCUUCUCCUAAACUCCCCCCAGACACUAGUGCUCCUGCCCAUUCCCAUCUGGGGUGCACUAAGGAUGGGGUGCAACAUCCCAGAUGUCCCCCAUCCUCUCUCUGGUCCUCGUGUCCAUCUCCAUCCUUUAUGCAGUCUCCUCCCUCUCCAUCUACGAGCCUUCGUCAGCCUCUCUACUCUCCGACGUCGUACCUGCAUCCCUCAUUCCUUCAUUCCAACAACGGUUCAUCGCAGACUGACAACAACAACAACAACAACAYCAGRGUUGGUUCAACACCACUCAGCAGUGUAAAUAACACCAGGGGUGUGUGUACCCGUGGUUGGUCAGUGUUUGAUGGCAGCACUACAGAACCACAACAGAACCACUAUCCUCUGUGGUCAGGGUCUCACAACCGUGUAGCACGGCCUUUUUCUGCAUCUGAACCUAGCUCACGAGUUCAGUCUCCAUCCCCCUCCCCAACACCAGCAUCGUUUCCCCACCUAUGCUCUCCACCUCCUCAACACAAUUACUCCUCCCCCCUGGCUAACAAACCUCCCCACCCUCGCGGCACACGGGUUGGACGUUCCCACAACCAUCUAGAUCUUCCUUUAGAUCUACCCAGAGCUUCCUCUGCAGGUUCUGCAUUUGGAGAAGUUUCCUCAGAUGGGAGACCUGGGAUUCUUUCCCCUCCUCCUAUCGGUGUGUCAGUUUGGACAAAUAAUGUAGAAACACCACUCCCAAGAAGCUCUCCGUAUGUUUCCUCCCCUCCAUUCUUUUCUUCUGCUUCAGGUUCACCGACACACAAGACUUCUUCUUUUUCUACAUCUGCUUCCUCUUCCUUUCUCCCAGGGAGGACUUCUCUGUCCAGAUUCUGUCCUCUUCCUUCUCAGAACCUCCAUAGGACUUUCUCUUCCAGCCUGGAAAACAGACCAUGGAGUCCAGCUCCAAGCGACGAGCAUGGACUGAGUCAUUCCUGGGCAGACAGCAGACGGAGAUCUUGUGGUUUCAGCGGGAGCCUCCGAGCUUCUUAUAAUGAGCAGGAGUCCUGUCCAGUUAGUCCAACUAGUCCAAGCAGUGAGUGGUCCUCACACAGCAGGUCCUUGUCUCGCCUCAGCCCCAGAGCUGGACUUUGGUCCAGCAGGUUUACCUCUGCUAAGGGAAUGGCAGGUGGGCAGRACUCAACUACAUGGUCAGAUGUUCAAGAUCCUUCAAACAAAUCCACCAGAACUGAAGACCCUGAAACAAGUGUUAGUCCUCCUGUUACCACCCCCUGUCCUCCCCCCCUGCCUUCACUGCACCUUCUCACCUCCGCGGCUCCAUCAGACAGCCGGACUGAGUGUGGUGAGCCAGAACUGGAGGAGGGGAACUGUCGCACUCAGCUCAUCUGUGCUUAUGUAGCCCGUCCCUCCCAAACGCACAAUCCCUCCCACUCAUGCCUGGGUUUCUCCUCUCCACCGGACCUAUACCAGCACCAGUUCCAAAGCCCGAGACCACCUCAGGCCACCACACCACCUCCGAUACCCUCUGUCCCACCCCCCUCAACCCCCAGAUCUUCACCUCUGUCAUUCACCCUUUCACCUCCUUCCAAACAGGGGAACCAGAAGACCAGUUACGCCACCACCGUCAACCUGCAGAUUGCUGGAAGUGGGAGAAUCACUUCUUUCAGCACCGCCCAAGUUAGCCUGACCCAGACUCUGCAGGGUGGGGCUGGUCCUCCAGAACACGGGCAGAUGUCCAGGAGAGUGAGCAUCAACGGACUUUCACCUGCUCUUCAGAACUGUGACAGACUGUGAGGGCGAACAAUGUUCUGGAUCAGGUUUUUACUCGAUUAGAGGCUUCAUUACUGACCAGGUGGUCUGUGCUGCUGGUUCAGAUGUCGAGGACCUCUUUGGGUGUGACCCWUAAACAGAGCCUCCACAGAUUUUAAGAGCCAGGAUGACAGGACUUUAGAAACUUUGAGAAGUCCUUUAAAGACUUAGUUCUUGCACAUGGCUCAUAUCAAUCUGACAUUUUUCUUUUUUUUUUUUUUUCAAAACAGUUUCUGAUUUGGUGAAAGUAAAAKCAAUCAGUCCUCCUUCCUUCUGGACUUUCAAACUUUGAUCAUUUUAAAGAGAUGGAGAGCAACCAGAUCCUGCAGAGACCUGUGGAAGGUCAGGUUUGGUGUUCUACUCUGGGUUCUGUGUUCUGUGUUCUGUUCAGGCUGAAGUUUAACUGGUCAGUAAUAUUAUGCAUCUUUUUUACUACCUUUUUUUUUUAGAAAUAUUGUGUUUUAUUUAUAAAAUUAGUCUUUUCUCUUUCUGCACUUCAUAUUCUUAAAGUCAUGCUGAAGUGUUUUGCACAGUUUUCUGCGUCAGCURCACGUGCUUCAUUUGUGUGAAUGAGUUUAUGAAACGACAUGUCUGCUGGGUUCUAACAGAACCUCAGACCAAACUGGUGUUUCUGCUGGSUUCCUCACACAGAGAACUUCAAUAAACCUGAUAAAGUAUGUGAUCGGUUCUGUURGCUGCCCGGCCAUGACUUCUGUUCUGAAUUGGCACRAUAUAAACAAACUGAAUGUUUUCUUGUAA